AUGAAUAAUCCAUCUUUUAUUUCCAAUGGUUAUGUAAAUCGAGCUCUCGUACUCAAUGCAACUUCUAAUCAAUAUCUAUACACUUCAUACAUUCCUUUAAUAAAUGCUAGUUUUACAGUUGAACUUUGGCUAUAUCCUACUGGAUGGCCGAAUCCAAUAGAUCAUGCUAUUCUCGGUCUUUGUAUAAACCUAUCAAGUGAUCAAUGUCUUCAUUUAACUAUUCGAAAUUUUACUUCUAUACAUAGCCUCUAUAUGUCCUUUGCUGGUGACAAUUGUGAAAGCAAUGAAUCUGUACCAUUAAAUACAUGGACACAUGCUGCAUUUGUCUUUGAUAAGGUUACACUUGCUAUGUCAAUUUAUCGGAAUGGAAAUCUUGUUGGAUAUUGCAUAUCAGCGUUACCUCUUCAAGGUAUUGAAAACAAUGUUACAAUAGGCUAUAUACCAGGAAUUGUAGCAGUUUAUGGGAGUAAUUUUUUUCAGGGUUAUAUUGAUCAAUUAACAAUUGUCAAUCGAGCAAAAUCAGCAUGUGAAAUACUUGAUGAUGCUACAUUGGCAACGUAUUAUGAUUUUGAUAAUAGUCCUAUACUGAAUGAUUCUGGACCUAAUUCUUUAUCAAGUACUUCACAGUUCGUCUCUUUUACAUCAUCUGGUUAUUCCUCUAAAGCUAUUUCUUUCAAUAAUUCAACAUCAUAUUUGCAAAUAAGUGGUCUUACUGGACUUGGUACUACCAAUAAAUCUUUCUCAAUUUCUCUAUGGAUUCGACCUCAUUCAUUAUGGGGAACAAUCGUUUUCGUUUCAAGUACUGCAGUAGGUACUGGUUGGUGCCUUUCGUUUAUAGGCUUUGCCACUAAUGGUUCUAUAGUGGCUCAAAUAUGGAAUGGUGCUGCUCGAACUGUUUUUGGUCCAGCUCUGUCAAUAUCUUCAGUAUGGUACCAUAUUGUUGAAACAUGGAGUUCAAUAAAUGGACUUCGACUCUAUAUUGACAGUGUUCUAAUAGCAUCGAAUCCAUCGCUAGUGACUUACACAGCCAGUUCAGCGUCAAAUUAUGUCAGAUUAGCCAAUAGACCAAAUAGUAGUUGUGCAUUUGGUGAGAUUGGUUCAACGACAGCAUUUUAUGGUGACAUAGAUGAUUUUAGAAUUUAUAGUCGAGAGCUUGCCAUUGAUGAUAUUUGUGCAUUUUAA